GAGUACCCAUACGUAUAAGUAGAAAUAUAUUGUGACACAUAUCUAUGUAGUAUGUAGUUUUUUAAAAAUUGCAUUUCGUAAGAAAUGUCACUCUACAAAUUUUCAAGGAUUUUUCAUGCUUCUUAUUAUACUAAAUAAAAUGUAUUUUAAGGUUAUUGAAAUCGACAAAAAUGACAUCAGUAACAGAAAAUAUAAAGGAUGAGACACAAGAAGAUCCGAUUAGAUGUAUAUUUUUUUCAGAAUUUCACCCUAUUGUGGGUCCAAUGAUUACUUGUCAGGUUCCAGAUAAUUUUAUUUCAAAGGAUAUUUUUGAUAAUGUCAGUGUUUAUAUUAUACCAAAAGCAAAGUUACAGCGUAGUACUAUCACAGUGACAUUGAAGGAUUAUAAAAUCCUAGGAUUUCCAGUAAAGAUUGAUGACAAGAAGUAUGCAAGAAAUGCAUUUUAUUUCAACUUAUGUUUUGUAUGUGAUGCAGAAGCUCGUACUGUACAUUAUGAACCUGUUGUGAAAAAGAUGUCUGAUUUUUUAAUGGCUCUAGAGGUAGAAAAUUGUUUUUUAUCUGCCUCUGAGGAUAAAACAAGAUUAGCAGAAAUGUUGAAACAUGUAAUGCAAGAUUUGAAUUUACACAAAAUGUGUACAUUAACAGAGGGGACAAUGACGUCCCAUUUGAAAGUCAUAAAAUUAGCACCUGAGCCGAAACCAGUUCUUGAUCAUCAGGUACCAAUAUUCUUGGAGGGCCGUGAAGCAUUCCAAACUGAUCAGUGGGAUUUAACCACUCAGCAAGUAUUACCAUACAUAGAUGGAUUUAAUCACGUUGCACGAAUAGCAGCUGAAGCAGACGUGGAAAAUAAUCUAGUUAAAAGUUGUGUGCAGAAUCUUAUUUAUUACGGUGUUGUAACUUUAAUUCCAAUAUUUCAAUACAGUAAUGUGUAUGCUGCAACUUCUAAAUUGAAAGAAUUAGCCGAAAAUACAAAAUUACAAGAACGAUGCAUAGCAUAUGCUUCAAAAUUCCCUAGACAACCUGCAUAUCUUAGAGAUAUAUAUCGAAUGUAUGCAAGUAUGACACAUGGCAGCAGCAUGAGAGAUUUGUGUCAACGUCUCAAUCCUCAGAAUCUAAGAAUCAAUGAAAGGAGGCUGGUGCAAUUUGGUCUUAUUGAAGGUCUUAUUCGUCGAGUAUAUAAGUAUCCAAUAUAUUUGUCGGGAUCUUCUUUUAAUGAAGAGACGAAAAACAAUCCAGUUUAUAAGUACUUUACAGGAACAUUCAGUCUUGAUGAAAUUUGUUGUAGUACAGGUCAAUCAGCUGCACAAGUCGAAGAUAUUGUUGAACGCGAUCCGAAUGUUGUUAUGUUAUGGAAGUAAUAUUUAGAAGUAGUAUUUAUGUCAUGAAUUUUGUUUUCUGUGAUUUUGAUAAGCGUAAAGGUUGUUCAUUUAAGCAGAUAUAGUACGCAGGAUAUAUUGUGAAUGAUAAAUAGACAAAUUACAAUUAUAAA